GGUGGCGCCGCCCCGGGUGCAGGUGACACUCGACAGGCCGAGGUUUCGGCUGGCAGAGGAGAGCGCAGGGAAGGUGAGACACAGACACCCCGGGCCGAGGGGACGACGUGGCAGCGAUGGCCCGGGAGUUGAGCCAGGAGGCACUGCUGGACUUUCUGUGCCAGGCAGGGGGCCGAGUGACCAACGCCGCCUUGGUGAGCCACUUCAAGAGCUUUCUCCGAGACCCGGACGCGUCCCCCAGCCAGCACCAGCACCGCCGCGAGCUCUUCAAGGGCUUUGUCAACUCCGUCGCCGCAGUGCGCCAGGACCCCGAUGGCACCAAGUACGUGGUACUUAAGAAGAAAUACAGGGACCUUUUGGGGGAGGAGGGGCUGCAGCGACCCAGCGUCCUGCCCGCGGCCGCCGCCCCUGCAGGUGGGGCUGCGCCCUGCUCCCCGCCAGGCGCGCGCCGAGAGGAGGCGCCGCCGCAGCAGCCGCAGCAGCAGCCGCCUAGGCGGCGGCGGCGGCGGCGCGAGAAGGAGCAAGAGGAGGAGCCAGCAGGUGCCGCAGCUCCAGCGGCUGAUCCAGGUUGCAAUGGACUCCCCGCCAGCGGCGCCCGGCAGGCCCGGGAAGGCGGCGGGCUAAGACGCGGCUCCCGUCACAGGGCGCAGGUAUCCGCAGCUGCGGCGGCAGCUGCCCAGGUCGGAGCGAAUUGCGCGGCGGCGGAGACGCAAGGCCGCUGCUCCUGGGAAAGUCUCCAGAACGGCCCGGGAAUACUCCCCGGGGCGCCUCCUCUGCCCGGCGCACUCCCCGACCCCGCCACCGCUGGGAAGGAGACGCCGCAGGGUCCGGCUGCCCAAGACGACCGCGGGGCUCCCAGGCAGGAGCGGGAAGGCGCUCCCGCUGAGCACGCGUGGGUGCCCGCAGCGCCCCUCCCGCCGCCUCCGACCGUCGAGGCUACUGGGAGCGAGGCUUCCCAGACCGCCCCCCUGUCCCGCCCUCCUUCUCCCGGAGACCCGCCGGAGCUGUGGACCCCCAGCGAUCUGCAUUAUUCCGCGCAGCAGCAGCAGCAGCAGCAGCAACGCACUCGAGAAUGGGUGGCCAGACAUCCCCACAUACCCGAGGCCCGGGACCAUGGCCCCAUCAGAGCCUGGUCAGUGUUGCCGGACAACUUCCCCUCGGAGCAGGGGUUCUGGGUCGCAGAACCUAAAUCGGCGCCUUUAGACCCCUCUCUUUCCCCUCAGUCUCACUCUCCUGUUGUUCCGGAAUCCUGGCCCGGGAAUCCUCCAUUGACCGUCUUUCGUAGCAUUCGUUGUCAGCUGUCCCUCCAAGAACUGGAUGACUUUGUGGACCAGGAGAGCCACAGCAGUGAGGAGAGCAGCAGUGGACCCAAAGAGUCCCCUGGGGGUUCUGAAGAGGGGCUGCACGGUGCCCUGGGAACCCCAGAUUGGAGAAAGCUUACGAAUUCAGCUGGUGGCCUUUCUCCAAAGGAGGGCAGUUCCAGCAGGAGCCCUCAGGGCCUCAGGAACAGAGAGGAUGGGCACACUUCUCAGCAGGUCCCAAGAGGGGCUAAUGGCCUUGUAGGCCGCCCACAGGAGGCUUUGCCUUGGCCAGCUCCCAAGUUAAGGAGAUCCCUCAGGAGGAGCUCUGGGGUGGGGAAAGCCAAAUCCUCCUCUUCCGAUGAGGAGUGUCUUGAGGAGGACUUGCUGAAAAGGAGUCGGCGCCCACCACGGUCCAGAAAGCCCUCCAAAGCAGGAGCAGUGUCCAGCCCCAGGGUGGAUGCUGCUUUGACACCCAAACCUGCUAACAUUAAGGGUGUUGCUGCUGAGAGGGGUCGGCUACACAGCUUGUGGGCCCCAGGUAGGCAGGAGCCUGCAGCCUUGGUCCCGCACAGGCCUUCUGAGCACAAGUCAUGCCUGGUCCCUCUAGAUGCCAGGGAGCAUGAGUGGAUUGUGAAGCUUGCCACAGGCUCUUGGAUUCAGGUGUUGGCUUUGUUCUGGGAGGAUCCCCAGCUGGCUUUGCACAAGGACUUCUUAACUGGGUACACUGCUUUGCACUGGAUAGCCAAACAUGGUGACCUCAGGGCCCUUCAGGACUUGGUCUUGGGCACACAGAAAGUAGGAAUUGCUCUUGAUGUAAAUGUGAAGUCCAGUUGUGGGUACACCCCUCUGCACCUUGCAGCCAUUCAUGGCCACCAGGGAGUCAUGAAAUUGCUAGUGCAAAGGUUGGCUUCUCGGGUCAAUGUCCGGGACAGCAGUGGGAAGAAGCCGUGGCAGUAUCUGUCUAGUAAUACCUCAGGAGAAAUAUGGCAGCUCCUGGGAGCCCCUCGGGGCAAGCCUAUUUUUCCUGUCUAUCCCUUAGUUCGAAGCUCUUCCCCUACCAGGAAGGCCAAGAUCCGGGAUAUACCUAGAAAUAUCACCCGAAAGACUUCCUUGGCUGCAUUACUCAAAAGUCAGCACCACAAAUGGAAAUUGGCUAACCAGUAUGAGAAACUCCUCGCUCCAAGGGAAAGAGAGGAGUACAGUGACUAAGGUGGGCCCCUUUCUCUGACACGCAGCCACUGCACCCCCAUCCUUGAGCUACUCAGAAAAUUCAAGAGGAAUAGAAAAAUGGCUGAGGAGUUGGUACAGAGAGAGGUCAAGUGAGAUGGCCUACCUAGUGUUUACCUGCCUGGAUUUUUUUGUCAGCACAUCGUGGAUCUCAGGGAUCAUUCAAGCUUUCUGACAGCUCAAGUACUUGGGCCAGUGAAACCUCUACAAGGGGCACAGUCAGGUGCUUAAAACCCAGCAUGUGUUCUCCCUCUUCCCUGGCACCUCAGAUCCGGGCACAGUAAGCCGCAUUGUUUUUUGAAGCAGCAAUGCCAGGCCUUGGCUAGAGAGGGAACAGAUGUCUAACAAGAAGGGAGGCACUUCGAGGAAUUGACAAAGCUCAAAUAAAAUCCUCUCUGGCUGGUAGCAUUUUGGCUUCUGUUCAUUUGGAGAAUAAUUUGAGAGUAGAAAGCACCAGAUUUGAAAUCAGAUGCCUCCUCUUUUUUCAUUCUUUUAGAAAUCUUUUUUCUUCUUUCAUUCUUUUCUUUUUCUUUUUGCCCUUCCUUCCUUUCUCCCUCCCUCCUUUCCCAUUCAAAUUAGUGAAAUAAACUUAUUACCUGAGAGCCGAAUCUGAUUUAAGAGAUUCCUUAGCUCUGCCCUGGUCUCUCUUUAGAUACAACCUAGGGAGGCAAAUACAUGGAAUGAUUAGUGCCUCCUUUGGGUCUCCUCCAAAAUCAGAGAAGCUGUUGGAUAAGAUCCAGUUAUGACUGAUGUUCAGGCCCUAAUUCAACCUAAGGUAAACCUUCCAAAUGUAAUCACUGUUGGCUCAUUUGCCUAGUGACUGAAAACAGCUUUCAAUGGAAACUCCCUGUGUCACGAAUGGCAGAAUUAACAUUAGCGGUCUUCAGUAGGUUUGAAUGGCCAACGUUCACAUUCAUUAAAGGAGAGAAAUGAUUUCACUGUGGGGAAGCAGUAGGGAGAAAGUGGUGAAUUCCUCCCCACUAGGAAUUGUUUAAGCUGCUAAAUAUAAUUUUAUUUGCACUAAACUUGUUGCCAAUUAAGAUUAAAUAUUAGCCUGAAGUGCUGUACCUCUAACAGGAAGUGCUCCUCUUAAUUGCUUGUGACGGGACUGGGACUGAUCUUUGUGGGUCCCUGAAAUGAGAAUGUCAAGAUUUCAGAGUGUAAAUUCAAAGGGUUAAAAAAUGAAAUGUCCAAGUGGAGAUUGUUAAUUUUUUAUGGAACUGUUUCCAUGUGCUGUGGCAAUGAUGAUGUCUUUUAAAAGUAUUUUUGUAUUUCUUCUGGUUAUCGCCCCUCCCCAUUUAAAUGUCAACAAAUCUUUAUAACUUAUUGUAUUUAUGCUGAUUACUGUUUACUUCUUUACAAAACUGUGUCUCAGUGACUGUCAAAUAGUUUUGUUUGUAGUUUU